GCACUGCGAGGCGAUCUAUCGGCGGCGAGGAGGAGUGAACGAGGCAGGAGAGUCGCAGCGAGAUCGAGGUAUAAUGAUGUAGAUGAAGCACGCGUGCCGCAGAAGAGGUUGAGGUGAAGGAGAAGAGGUUGAGGUGAAGGAGAAGAGGUUGAGGUGAAGUGGAGGGAGGGAGGGCGACAGAGCGCAGCACGGGCAGGAUGAGAAGAGCAGGUGGACGAGCAAGGCGAGGGGCGAGGUCAGAGGUUAGCGAGGGGAAGGAUUGUCAGCAUCGCGACGCCGCAUGCACGCCUUCACUCACGCAGCCGGUGCAACAGUGCCGAGGUCCGUCGGCGCCAGCGUGGCUGCUACAAGAGUCGGCGUGGCUGGCGCGACGGCAACGAAGGUAGGGGCCAGCAUGACGUGCGUGGCGUGCGGCUCGUUGUUGCCGACGCUGGAGGCAGAGGCCGGCGCGAUGUGCGCGGCAUGCGCAGUUGCAGCGUGCAUGGCGUGUGUGGCAUGCGCUCUGUCGUUGCGGACAAACGCAGAGGCGAAGGCACGCACUUCGUCGUUGCCAACGAAGGCAGAGGCGUGUGUGGCAUGCACUUCGUCGUCGCCGACGAAGGCAGCAGCAGGCUUGGCGUGCGCUUCGUCGUCGCCGACGAAGGCAGCAGCAGGCUUGGCGUGCGCUUCGUCGUCGCCGACGAAGGCAGACGACAGCGCUGCGGGAUGGUGCGUGGCGUGCGCGUUGUGCGCUCGCUUGUUGCCUACGAACGCAGACGCCGCGGCGUGGUGCGUGGCGUGAAGAGGCCGCGCUUCUCCUUCGUCGUCGCCGACAAAGGCAGACGACUGCAUCGUAGCGUGGUGCGUGACGUGAAGAAGCGUCACGGCGGGAUGCGUGGCGUGAAGAAGGCACGCUUCUUUGUUGCUGCCGACGAAGGCAGACGACUGCGCU